AUGAAUAAUUACACAGACGAAGCGUUCGCUCUAGUCACAAUCAUCUUAGACUCAUCAUGCCAAGCAGCAACUCUUUCUCUUGAAUUUUAUAUCAACAACCCGCAAUAUUUAAAAUUAAGAGAAACAAGAAGAAGGGAGCAGAAAAUUUAUGUUCAUCUUUUGGCCCUGAAAGAUUUUUGCAAACACUACUCGAUAGGAAGCAUUCAUUGCUUUUUUUCGAAGCAUCCAUUUCCCUUUUGUGACGACACAGGAGCAGUUUUAAGAGCCAUUUUUAUUCAUCCUGGUUCUAUUUAUUAUGCUCACAAACAGUUGAAAUUUGAUGAGGAAUUUGUUAUUAAGGCUGUGAACGUCAACUUUAAGGUUCUCGAAUAUGCUCCUAAACGUUUUAGAAAUGUUCCACAACUUGUGGAAUUGGUAGAGAAGGCGAGAAAGAUGGAGAAGAAUAAUUUAGUGAAUCAAUUUCGAAGGCUCAUUGAGUUCCAUGUUAAUUCUCCUCCAAUCUACAAUCCACCGCCUACUUUCUCUUCUGAAACACAAGUCGCUUUGAACAACGCUGAAAAUUCUGCAACCAGCAGCUCGAAAAGGAAAUCCAGUUCGGAUCCAAAUUCUCGAAGUAAGGAUUCGUGUUUAAUAAGCUCUGUUAGGGAGGUUGGACAAUCGAAUUGUUGUUGA